GGUCACAAGGAGUGGAUGGUGGAGGUGCGCCUUCUAGGCCUAAUCGACCACCCCAACCUCGUCAAGCUCCUUGGCUUCUGUGCCGAGGGCCACCGCCGCCUGCUCGUCUACGAAUAUCUCCCCAACUCCUCCCUGGACCGGCACCUCUUUGCACCGCUCUCCACCACUGCCGCUGCUGCUGCAGCUACUAACAACGCUAACAGCCACCACCACCGUAACAGCAGCAGCAGUCACAAUCACAACGUGCAUGCAUCGUCCGCGUCCACCGCAUCGCACUCCUCCCAUUCCCACUCGCACUCCUCGAAAAAAGCGGCAGCGGCGGCGGUGCUGCCGCCGUUGGACUGGGCGACGAGGCUCAAGGUGGCGCUAGGGACGGCGAGAGGGCUGGCUCACCUGCACGAGGAGGUGCAGGUCCCGAUUAUCUACCGUGAUUUCAAGACAUCCAACGUGCUUCUAGACGCGGACUUCUGCCCCAAGCUGUCUGACUUUGGGCUUGCAAGGGAAGGGCCCAUGGGGGAGGAGACACACGUGUCAACGCAGGUGCGUGGCACGGCAGGGUAUGCAGCUCCUGAGUACAUGAUGACAGGCCGUCUAACACCGAAGAAUGAUGUGUGGGCGUUUGGAGUCGUGCUUCUAGAGCUGCUCACAGGACGGCCCUCCAUCGAUCAACGCCGACCGCCACCGGAAGUCAAUAUAGUUCAAUUUGCGCGGCCGUACCUACAUAACAGUGCGGAUUUGUCCAAGAUUAUGGAUCCUAGACUCAGGGAUAAGUACCCCAAGCAAGCAGCUGCUAAGGUGGCGGAGUUGGCGAGAUGGUGCCUGGUGAAUGACCCGUUCAAGAGGCCAAUUAUGACGGCCAAGGGCAAGGAGGAGCAGGGUUCCUUCAUGGACUGGCUCGACAACGCCACUGUGAAGCGGGUGUCGUGGACCGAGACUGACUCGACCCUCGUGAACAUUAGGGAGGGUAAGGGUUCCAGGCCUGGGACGCAGUCCAAGGCUUCGAAGAAGACGAAAGAGACGAACGAGAGCACCGCAUUUCCCGCGGCCAAGAUGUUUCGCAAAUCGAGCAAGACGCUGACGGCCAACAUCCUCAACCGUCCGCCAGCUGAAAUCAGUGACCACUUCGUGAUGGGGAAGGAGCUGGGAAAGGGACAGUUCGGCGUGACGCAUUUGUGCACGGAUAAGAAGACCGGCGAGCAGCUCGCGUGCAAGUCCAUCGCGAAGCGUCGCCUGUCAACUAAGGAGGAAGUCGAGGAUAUCAGGAAGGAGAUCGCCAUCAUGCACCAUCUGGCCGGUCACCCAAACAUCGUCACCCUGCGCGGCGCGUUCGAGGACAAGCAGAACGUGCACAUCGUCAUGGAGCUUUGCGCCGGAGGCGAGCUCUUCGACCGCAUCGCGGCGCGCGGCCACUACAGCGAACGCGCCGCGUCGGGCCUCAUCAAAACCAUUCUCUCCAUCGUCGACUAUUGCCACCAGAAGAAAAUCAUCCACCGCGACUUAAAGCCCGAGAACUUCCUCCUCGCGAACAAGCGCGAGGACGCGCCGCUCAAGGUCACGGAUUUCGGCCUGUCGGUGUUCUUUAAGGACGGCGAGGUGUUUACCGAGACGGUCGGCAGCGCGUUCUACGUGGCGCCGGAGGUGCUUAAGGGCAAGUACGGCAAGGAGUCGGACGUGUGGAGCUGCGGCGUCAUUCUCUACAUUCUCCUCAGCGGCGCUCCUCCCUUCUAUGGAUCGACGGAGAAGCAGAUUUUCAACGCGGUGCUGAAGGGCAACGCGGACCUGGCGGGCGAGCCGUGGCCGCACAUCAGCGAUUCCGCCAAGGACCUCGUGCGCCGCAUGCUCACGCUCGACCCGCACAAGCGCAUCACCGCCGCUGACGCCCUCCGCCAUCCGUGGGUGGCGGCGGACAAGGCUUCGGACAAGCCGCUGGGCGCGGCCGUGCUGAAGCGCAUUCAGAAGUUCAGCGCCGCCAACAAGAUGAAGAAGCUCGCUCUCAAGGUGGUGGCGUGCAAUCUGUCGCGGGAGGAGAUCUCGGGGCUGAAGAAGAUGUUCAAGGAGAUGGACAAGGACGGCAGCGGCAGCAUCACGUACGACGAGCUGCGCGAGGGCAUGCGCCGCCUCGGCAGCCCCAUCCCUCCCGAGCAGCUGCAGCAGAUCAUGGAGGCCGCGGACGUGGACAACAGCGGCACCAUCGACUACACGGAGUUCAUCACAGCAACGAUGCAGAUGAACAGUGUCGAGAAGGAGGAGCACAUCCUCGCUGCGUUCAAGCACUUCGACAAGGACGGCAGCGGCAUCAUCACGGUGAGCGAGUUGCGGGAGGCGCUGGAGGAUGAGGGCAUGCUGGAGCCGGGGGAUAUCGAGCAGAUCAUCGAACAAGUGGACACGGACCGGAGCGGCACGAUCGACUACGAGGAGUUUGCAGCCAUGAUGCGGCAGCAACAGGGAGGAGCGGCCGAGAAGCCCCGCCGCAAGCAAGGAAUGUCCUCCGCCUACUACUGA